CAGACGCGGAUCUGACUUAACACGCGGUGCAUGCAUGCACGAAUGAAAGGGUAAACAACUUCAACUGAGGAUUCACGUCCGUGUAAAGAACUAGUGUUGUUUAGACAUGGCUUCCCAAAAAAUGCUCAGUUUGAGCCAUGCAUUAUGGCAGAGAAGCUCCAGUUGCAGGGGUGGGUUGUGUGCAGUGUUUAAUGUCCCUGCGUUUUCGUGUGGAAGCGUCGCCUCGUCUGGUUCAACAAGGAACAGACAGGAAUGCUGCAAAGACGGACAAAACUGUGGACCGACAAAAAACGCGGCCGCAGUUACAUCGCACAGACAUCAAAUCGUGGGGAAAAAUAAGGCCGAAGAAUCGCUUGCCAAGUCUGGCAGGGCUUUCUCAUCCACGGCCCCGCAGACCGACAACAAAACGUACUUGUGGGCGAGAUAUAAUGAGAUGAAACGACUCGUCCACGAUCUGAUUCCUCCCGGAGUGUGCAAUCUAUUGAACCCUUCCACUAUCUAUGCCAACAAUGAAGUGAAUCUGGAAGAAGUGGACAUCUACGGCUUUGACUACGAUUACACACUUGCUCAGUAUUCCAGCGCCCUGGAUGAAAUGAUAUACAACAAAGCCCGAGAGUUUCUUGUGCAGCACUACAAGUAUCCUGAGGGAAUCGGCAAGUAUGACUACAUUCCCAACUUUGCAGCACGGGGGCUUCACUAUGACAUCCAAAAGGGGCUUCUGAUGAAAAUUGAUGCCUUCCAUUAUAUCCAGCUGGGCACCGUUUAUAGGGGUCUGAAACCCGUCCCGGAUGAAGAAGUCCUGCAGCUUUAUAAUGGGUCAAGUCACGUCCCCCUCCACCAAGUCAGCGGAUUCUACGGCAAGGGUCCCGUGAUGAAGCAGUUUAUGGACGUUUUCUCCAUCCCUGAGAUGACUCUCUUGGCAGCUGCGAACGAUUACUUCAUCUCAAAUGACAUCGAGUAUGAUCCCGUUCAUCUCUACAAAGAUGUCUCUGAUGCGAUCGGAAUGGUGCAUAUCAAGGGUUACAUGUACAAAUGGAUCAUGCAGGAUCUUGAAAAAUACAUUCUCAGAGGAGAUGAGACAUACGCUGUGUUACACCGACUGGCCAGCCAGGGGAAGAAGCUUUUCCUUAUUACCAAUAGCCCCUUCAGCUUUGUUGACAAAGGCAUGAAGUAUAUGGUUGGGAAGGAAUGGAGGGAAUUCUUUGACGUUGUCAUUGUUCAAGCUGAUAAGCCACAUUUUUUCAAUGACUGCGUAAAACCAUUCAGACGUUUGGACAGCAAUGGAGACUUGAAGUGGGAUAGGAUCAAGAGUUUGGAUAAGGGACAGAUCUAUAAGCAGGGAAAUCUUGUAGAUUUUCUGAAACUAACUGGAUGGCGAGGAUCCAAGGUGUUCUAUUUUGGAGAUCAUCUCUACAGUGAUUUGGCAGACCUGAUGCUGCGACAUGGCUGGAGAACAGGAGCGAUUGUGCCUGAACUUGAGAUGGAGACAAAGGUGGUGAAUACAGAUCAGUAUGCUCAAAGUCUAACAUGGUUGCAGGCCCUCACUGGUCUGCUGGAGCGCAUGCAGAUGUAUAGAGAUCCCGAGUCCAAGAAGGUUCUGCAAGAGUGGCUCAAAGAGAGAGAGGAACUAAGAGCCGUCACCAAGAACCUCUUCAACCCUCACUUUGGGAGCAUAUUCCGUACCUGCCACAACCCCACCUAUUUUUCCCGACGCCUCUGCCGUUUCUCUGAUCUCUACAUGGCCUCUAUCAGCUGCCUGCUGAACUAUGAUCUUUCGUACACCUUUUACCCCCGCCGCACACCCCUGCAGCACGAAGCCCCCCUCUGGAUGGACCAGCUCUGCACUGGCUGCAUGAAGACGCCCUUCCUAGAAGAGAUGGCGCACAUUCGCUAAAAACUGCCAAGGGGGUAGAAUGCAUAUAUAAACAGGACUUUUGAAAAGUGACAGGGUGGAUCCAUGUCUGCAGGGCACUGGACACGUGGCAAUUGGUGCUGGUGCUCAGCACGCGCUGGAGCCAUCUGCUGGACGUUUUGUUACAAUGCAUCUCAAUGUUCUCAAGCCUUGCAUGAGGAAACGCUGAAGGACUUGUUUAUGAUCCCUCUCUUCACGUGUUUUUAUCUUUAACAGUUUUACAUGCUAUCGAAAUGUCUUACAAGACUGUGCAAAAUAGUGAAGUGUUAAGAAUGUUAAGUGGUUUACCUUUUUAUAUAUUCAUCUCGUAUGUCGUGAGAUUUGUAGUUAGAGCAGAAUGUUGUUUGCAUUACCAUGAAUUCUGAUGAAAUAUAUCACUACGGUGAUAGGCUAUUUAUCACACUAUAUAUAUAUAAACUUGGGGACCCAGAAUUUUUUUUACUGUGAUGGGCCAAAGUAUUAAGCCGCUGGCUAAAAAUGCACAAUAUGAGUUACAAUACAGUCAUUCUGAUUAUAUGUAUGAAUAGGUCAAAUAACUUUGUAAUGUUCUUAACACUAACAGUACAGCAUUCAUGUUACAUAGGGUCAGACUUUAAACAUGCACAAAUAAUCCUAUUAACCACUCUGUAGCUUUUUUACUAGAAAUGUUUUGUUUUAAAUGACUAAAAAUAAAUAGAAGCUCCUGGAGGGCAAAACCAAAUGCAUUUCUUUUUUACCCACAAAUCAUACUGUGGCUUUUGCCAAGCUUCAGUAAAAUCAGACGUUGUUUCGUUACAUUCUGACGUUUGUGGAUCGCUAUGCUGCGAAA